AUGCCGUCCAACGCCUCCACUCCUCGCGGCUCCGGCCGUCCUGGACCCUCUGACUCGGGUGCCAACGCUAGAACCUUGGCUGACCGAUUGAGAGGUCUCAACCUUCAAAAUUCGAAUGCUCCUGAUAAUCGAAGCAACCAAGGGGACAGAGAAUCCGUUGCCUCUCGCCGUUCGAACAACAGCGGGGCACGGAAUAACCCUAGCCGUGGAAAUGCCAAUGCUGGCGGAAGUGGAAGAAACUCCAAUAACGGUUCGAGGGUUGGUAGCACUUCUGGCGGUGGAGGUGCUAACAACGGGUGGGGCGAUGCAGGAAAUGCAGGAAAUGCAGGAAACAACGGAUGGGGUGAUACCGGUAAUACCGGGACCCCAGGAGACAACGGAUGGGGAGACGCUGGUAAUGCAGCGACCACAGGAGAUAAUGGAUGGGGAGAUGCUGGUGGCACAGCUGCCCCAGCUAAUAAUGGAUGGGAUACUGGUGCAGGUGCUGGUGGUAAUAACAGCAACGGCAGAAACAGAGAGGGAUCUGUCAGGGACAACGGGAGCGUAGCUGGAAGCGUCGGUCGACAGAGCAACAGAGGGAGCAUAAAUGACAAUAAUAACAAUCAUAAUUCCCGUUCGUCACGUGGUCCUUCUGGUCGACCAAAUCAACUUGCUCUCGCUGAGGACAACCGUUCCCAAUCUUCUUCCUUUCACCAACCUUCUCCUUCCCAAAACCAUCAAUCAUCAUCUCUCACCCGCCUCUCAUCAUCCCAAAACCCUCCCCAAUCCUCUCGCAGCAAUCAAUCCUCCGCUGCCAACCAGCUAGUCCUCCAUAGAGGACAAAGAUCUGACGGCGAAGAAGCCAACGACGACGACGACGACGACAAUAUGAGUCGUCGAAGCUCCUCCACCACGGAGACCAGCUAUUCCAGCUGGUCUGCCGAAGAGACCAGAGAUGGCCACUCACGCCAUCGGAGCGUGCGGGUAAUGACCCGCCGCUCCACCCAGGAGAGCCAGUCCGAGGGGUCUGGCAAUGGUGGCCAUCGUCGCCACCAUCAUCACCCCCGCUCUCACCAUCACCAUCACCAUUCCCACGGUCGUCGUCGCGGCGGCCGUGAUGGCAAUGGUGAUGAUGAUGAUGAUGAGAGCGAGGAUGAGGAUCGUGGCGGCGGACGCGGCGGACGAAGUGUCCGCCGCGUGACCAUUCGGAUCGGAAGGGUGGUCAUCCACAUUGACCGCGACUAG